AUGAUAAGCGAAGCCAUCACCUCGCUGAAGGAUAGACAUGGUUCGAGCCAGCCUGCCAUAGCAAAAUUCGUUGAGCGAAAGUACCCAGAAUUGCUUCCACCAAAUUUCAAGAAACUCCUGUCUAUUCAGUUGAAGAAGUUUAUCCAGCCCGAGGCAACUGCUACGAGGAGGGCUGCGGCCAAGAAAAGCAAUGCUCGUGGACAUGGACCCAGCACGAACAAAAGGAGGGCAAAUGAGAAGGCCUUGAAGAAGAUGAAGAGGCUGAGUCAGGUGGAGACUCCGGUGGCUUUGAAGAAAAAUUCUAGAGGAUUGGUCACGACCGUCAAGGGGUCCAUUACUGGAGCAAAGAUGAAGCGGUUGCGUCAGGUGAAGACCCCCGAAACACUGAAAAACAAGAAUGCAGCCAGCAUUCCUGCGAAGAAGAUCACAAGUUAUUACCAACUCCAUGUCUUCAAAAUCACCAAACGCUGCUAG